AUGUCCCGCCGCUCGGCGCGUCUAUGGCAGCGUCUUCAGUCGCCUGGAGGACGAGCGCUUCCGCUUCCGCUUCUUCUUUCACCGAAGGGUCCCGCGGCGUUUAGGCCGCGCCCGCUCGGGCCGGGUUCGUAGUGGGCGCCAUGCGGCGGGGGCUUUUGCCGCCGCCGCCGCCGCCCUCGCCCUCUCGCUCGCUUUGGCCGGCGCUGCUUCUUGUGGCCGCGCUGUGUGGUGGUGGUGGUGGUGGUGGUGGAGGAGGAGGAGCUGCAGCAGCAGUAGCUCCUGACCCGGCGGCCCGACCGGACCUCCGCCCCACGCCUCCGCCUCCCCUUUCCUCCGGGCGGGCAAACCACCAGGACGCCCCUUCGGCUCCUCCGGGCACUCCCGGUGGGGACGCCGCGCGGAGCGGCACUGCGGGCAGCAGCAGCAGCAGUAGCAGCAACAGCCUGGCCGCCGUGCUGCCCCCUCCGGAGGACAACCGGCCCAUGACCCAGCGCGCCCUCUCGGUGCUCGUCCUGGCCAGCGCCGCCCUCAUCGUUUACUUCGUCAUCCGGACCGUGCGACUUAGACGAAGGAACAGAAAGACACGUCGGUAUGGAGUUCUGGACACUAACAUAGAAAAUACAGAGUUGACACCAUUAGAACAAGAUGAUGAAGAUGAUGAUACAACACUGUUUGAUGCUAAUCAUCCUCGAAGAUAAGUGUGUGCCUUUCAGGAAAAGAUGUCAAUUAUGGGUCAACAAAAGAAAGCUGUUCAGAAGGAAUAAAACGCCUGUAUGAGGAUUUGGGAUAUGCAAAUGAUAGACUCUGGCACCCUUUAGUUGGUUGCAAUAAAUACUAAUAUUUUACUGUAUCUUUUGUACAUACAGAAAUAUUUUAAGUUCAGAGCCUAUGGAAAUAGUGCACUAAACUUUAAACCUAUUUUAAACAGGGUAUUUUCUGCUCAUGUUCAUUCUAUCCUAUUAUCUCCUCUUCUGAAAUACAUCUGUGGGUUUCUCAGCCAACUUAAGUUUUUGAACUAUAUCAGUUAUAAUAACUUAUUGGUGAACUCUGCAGCUUGUCUUUUAUUUAAUAGCAGUACUUUGCCAAAGCUAAUUACCCAUGUGUCUGAAGAAUUCCUUCCCCUUGGUAAUCCGGAUGUACACUGUGGAUCUGUUUGGGAUAUGUGAAUAAAUGUUUACAGUGUUCCUGACAACCA